AUGCUUGAACAACUACCCCAAGAGAUCUUUGAUUUCAUCUUGAAUCUGCUAUCCAUGGACGACGUCAAAAAUCUUUCUCUAACGUCAAAGCACCUCCAUUCUGCUACUCUUGAAGCCGUCUGGGAAUCUAUAGUCAUACCAGCCUGGAACAAAAAUGGUAUUUUUGGAAUCAAACUCGCCGACUUUCCGCUUGAUCGAAUCCUCCUCGCCAGACAUAUUUAUCUACGGUUCAUAGAUGAGGACUAUUCUAGAAUUUGUCUACACAGUCAAAAACUACAGCUCUGUCGAGAAGCAGCCGAUGAAAGCAUUAUUGCUAGGCCAGCAGCCUUCAGUAGUGUUGAAGAAAUUUUGAUCUCACUACUAGAGGAAUGUGAGAAGGAUUAUUGGAAGUCAUUCAGGAACAUGUAUACCGGCAAAGUCCCCGAGACAGCGAUCGACCUGUCCGCCUUUACCCAUCUCCUGGAUAUCAGUUGGAGAGGACUGAAUUCAGAAAAUCUCAAAACAUUGGCCAUUGCGCUUAGAAAUAACAAGUCGCACCUUGAAUCAUUGGAACUUGACCUCAUCGACUGGCCGCAUAUGCGAAGGGAGCUGGGGUAUCAAAGCGAUAGCGAGGUAGUACAUGGGCUAAAAGCAAGAGACUACAUAAACGAAAAGGUGUUCGGCCUAGACAAGCUUUCUCCUUGUAUCAAGUUCCCCAACUUGCAUACCCUAGUUCUGAGCCAGGUUCCUCUGAGCGCAACUCUGGCAGAGACUGUCGACUUUGAGAUUCUCAAAUCUCUAACGAUCCGGUCAUGUCCACUGUGGUAUGAGUUUGUGCUAACAAUGGCACAGCGCAAAAUCCCAGUCAAGCUAAGAAAGCUGGAGCUCCAGGAAUCAUGGCCCAAGAACGACGAGGGAUCGAUAUACAUGGACGAAGACGAUCCAAUUGCAUUUUUGCUGGAUUCCUUUGAAGGACUUGAAGAGUUUUAUCUCAGCCAAGUCGGCGGGAUGCGUUCUAUACUCACAUGGCAUCAUGUGUGUCAUCAUAAAUCCACAUUAAAGAUAUUUGUGAACCAUUCGAGGUUCUAUGAAGAACGGAACCGACGCUGGUGGGAUCAGCCAGAUAUGAUGCUUCGUGACUGGAAUACAACACCAUUCAAGAACAACCCAACCUCUACGCCUCUCUAUCAGCUGGAUACUGAGUUCAUUAGCUUAUCUUGCACGCCCAAAUUUCCGAAUGAUCAUUACGUAUUGAACCCUUUAUCCAGAAAGGAGUGUCUGAGAGUCUUUCACCUCCGCCAAUCACGUAGCGAAAUGGGGCCUGAUUCUGAGACUUGGGCAGUCACGAUAGCAGAGGACGAAGAACCCAUCGAUAAUGCUCCAGCGGUGGACGAAGGUGAUAACUCUAGCAAAGAGUAUUUGCACUGUGCGUUCUGGACAUUCAUUCAGUGGGUCUUCUCUCCCAAGGGUAUCAAGUCCCUGGAGUACAUCGUGUUCGGUGACUAUGACCGACCUGAACGAACGAGCAGGGGGAACUUGCUGAUAUGUCGGGAGGGUUAUGGAUCGCAAGAUUUCCGCAUCAUCAGAGAGUCAUACUCAGCACCUGAAUGGGAUUAUAUCAAGAAGGAGUACGGGGAUGCUCUGAGGCCAUGUCCCUCAGAUCCAUUGUUUGACACGCCAGAAGUUCAACACUCUAAACAUCGGUGGGCUCGAUUCAUAGCAAAUGUAACAAGAUCCCCGUAG